AGCCUAGUGAGUCUAAGGUCAACAUUACAUGUGAACAGACGUUGAUGCACUCCAGCGCUCACGGGGACUCCUAAAGGUUACUGAGCCUUAAUCUGUGUCUGAAAAGCUAACCACUGUGGCGUAGGCUGGCGGCUGAUUUGGUCUAUCUUUAAUGGACCUUCCCAGAAACUUCUUUCUUCUAGGUUAUGCCUUCACAGAUUCUCUUUUAAAUAACUUUGUGUUUACUCUCUCACUGAUUUCAAUGCUUCAUAGCAUCUCGCCAGAGCUUUGUGGUUUCUUGGUAUUUCAUGUUCACACCUUGCUUCUUUUCAUCUUUACCUUGCUUUAAAUUCCGAUUUGAUCUGUUGGUUUGUUUUCUGUUUUCAUAAUAAUUAUUUAUUCCUUUCUUUUUGUUUGAGCCCCAUUUUCCUUUCUAUAUUCUGGAAUUCUCUUGUUCGAUUGGCCUUCUGGGUAUUCUUUUAUUUUAUUUGAUGAGAUUAUCCUUGUAAUCUCUGCUGUUUAUUUAUAUUCCUCUGUGAUCUUUUUUUACAAGAUUCUGGAUUUCCCACUUGUUCAAUUAGAUUAAUUGGUUCUUUAUCAUUUCUUGCACAUUUAUUCAGCAGAGAUCUACUGAACUGUUUAAAUAUAUUUGGGAAACGUGAGCCUUAGUUUUCUUAUCUUGUCUUGAUUGCUCUUCCCCAAAUUGAUUGGGGACCCAAAGCACUGUUGUUGUUCAUCAUGAAUACCCUUCUCCAAGAACUUCCUGAUUCCAUGAAUAGAUUCAAAUUGCAAAAUACAUUUGAAUAUUUCCCAAUUUCUUUAUCUUCAAAUAAAGAUCUUCUCAGUGGGUAUGAGCUCAAUAAUAACUCCAUUAAUCCUUAUUCCUCCUUUGCUUCAUUUGGUCCACACAUACAACCUACUAAUGACUUCACAUCAUCAUCUUCUUCUUCCUUGAGCUCAGAAGGACAUGAUCCAAAUAAUAAUGUUGUUCUCAAGUACAUAAGUGAUAUGCUUAUGGAAGAGGACUUGGAAGGCAAAACUUGUAUGUUGCAGGACUCUUUGGCCCUCCAAGCUGCUGAGAAAUCCUUGUAUGAUGUGCUUGGUCAGGAAUACCCUCAUUCUUUGGAUCACUGUUCUCAAAAGGUUGAAAGUACUGAUGAUACUUCACCUUGGAGUAGCAGUGUUGAUAGCAGCAAGACCUAUCCAGCUGCUGAUAACACUUCAGUUGAAAAAUCAAAUUGGGUGUUUAAUCAAGUUGAUUUAGAUUUCUCUGGAACUCAAAGUUCUCUUAUCGACUCCCCUGAAAGUGCCCUUAUCGGACCAGAUUUCCACAGUGAGAUACAAUCAUUGACAGUGUUCAGGCAAGGCAUAGUAGAUGGUGAUUCUUUGGUAUUGGCAACAAAGAGCAACUCAGACAAAGAGAGAGAUUAUUCACCAAAUGGUUCACGGGGAAGGAAAAAUCAUCAACGUGAGGAUGGUGACUAUUUGGAAGAAGAGAGGAGCAACAAGCAGUCUGCUAUUUCUCUUGCAGAGUCUGAGCAGUCAGAGAUGUUUGAUGAGGUAUUGCUUUGUUCAAGUGAAAGCAAUGAGUCUGAAACAUGUGCUCCUUUUGAAAAGUCACAGAAUGGAGCUAGCAGGAACUAUGGGCAGCCUAAAGGAUCUAACAGUAGAAGUAUGCGAGGAAGGAGACAGGGAAACAAAGGAGAAGUGGUGGAUUUGCCAACUCUGCUAACUCAGUGUGCACAAGCUGUGGCAAUCAAUGACCAAAGGACUGCAACAGAGCUACUUAGGCAGAUUGGGCAACAUUCUUCAGCUUAUGGGGAUGGAAACCAAAGAUUGGCGCAUUACUUUUCCAAGGCCCUCGAGACACGUUUGGCUGGAACUAGGAUGCCUAAAUAUAUACCGCUUGUAAGCAACAAAGCUCCGGUUUCCGAUAUCUUAAAAGCUUACCAGGUAUAUGUUAAGGCAUGCCCAUUCAAGAAAAUGUCAAAUUUCUUUGCUAAUCAGACCAUUUUCAAACUGGCAGAGAAAUCAACUAGACUCCAUGUCAUUGAUUUUGGCAUUCUUUAUGGUUUUCAAUGGCCUUGCCUUAUCCAGCGUCUCUCACAAAGGCCAGGUGGACCUCCAAAGUUGCGAAUUACAGGAAUUGAGCUCCCUCAACCUGGUUUUCGCCCAGCAGAAAGGGUUGAGGAAACUGGUCAUCGCUUACAAAGAUAUUGUGAAAGAUUCAAUGUCCCAUUUGAGUAUAAUGUGAUAGCUCAGAAAUGGGAAACCAUCAAGUAUGAGGAUCUCAACAUCGACAGAGACGAGAUGACUGUUGUUAAUUGCUUAUUUCGGUUCAGGAAUCUCCCUGAUGACACAGUUGUAGCAAACAGUGCGAGAGAUACUGUCCUAAAAUUGAUCAGGAGAAUCAAACCAGACAUUUUUAUCCACGGAGUUGUUAAUGGUACCUAUACUGCUCCAUUCUUUGUCACUCGGUUCAAGGAGGCACUCUUCCACUUCUCUUCCCUGUUUGAUAUGUUUGAGGUUACCAUUCCUCGCGAAGAUGAACAGAGAAUGCUGUAUGAGAAAGAAAUAUUUGGAAGAGAUAUCAUGAAUGUCAUAGCAUGUGAGGGUACAGAGAGGGUUGAAAGACCAGAGACAUACAAGCAGUGGCAGGUACGUAAUAUGAGAGCUGGGUUCAGGCAGCUUUCAUUAGAUCAGGAGAUAUUGAAGAAAGUGAGAUGUACAGUGAGAUCAGAGUAUCACAAGGAUUUUGUUGUUGAUGAAGAUGGCCGAUGGAUGCUACAGGGAUGGAAGGGGAGAGUCAUCAAUGCUCUUUCAGUUUGGAAACCUGUCCGACAGUAACAUGAAGAUAUGCUUGCAACUUCUACUUAGGAUUAGAGGUUUAUGAGGUGUUACUACAAAUUUUGUUUACAUCUUUUAUGUAAACGUGGCUAGAAAAUUUAAUAUUGAUGUUUCCUUUUUCCUGCC